AGCUCAGAGAAAGUAAAACUCAGAAAAUAUAUAUAUUUUUUUUCUUCUGCAACUAAAAACCAAAGAUAAAAAUCACUGUUAAUGGUUUUUGUUUGUACGGACACAAUGGGGCAAUUUGAUUCUUCUUCUUCAUCAAAGAUUUCUAGGGUUUUAGCAGGGAUUUACAUCUUCUUAUCUUCUUCUUCUUCUUCUCUGCAACAACAAAUACAAGCAGCAGCAGCAGCAGUUAGCAUUUAUAUCUAGUACUACUACUACUAGUACUAUAUUUACUCCUUUUCUGAAGUUUCCUUCUGCAGAACUGUCAUCAUCAGAAAAACCUCCUUUAUUACUCACUCCAUCUAUUCACUGAUUCAUUCAUUUAUUCCUGCCCCCAUUAUAAAUUUUUGACAACUACUUUUUGAGUGAGAUAAAAAGAAGAAGAAGAAGCUCUGUUUUUAUUUAAAAGCUCUAUUUUUUUAGUCACCGGAUUCCGGUGGUUGUGAUUUUGACUCUGAAUGGGUUCUACUACUACUAUUAACUGUUCAACUACUAGUAAUAUCAGUUCUGGUGGUGGUGGGGUUGUGGUUGCUGUUCCUCCUCCGUCUUCUGGUUCUUCUGCUCAUUUGGUAUCAUAUCCUUGUCCAAGAUCACCACCAAAGUAUCCAGAUAUGACUGGGAAACACAGAGAGCUUGUCAAAGUUCAGAAAUUGGAGAGGGAGAUUGGGUUCUUGGAGGAGGAAUUGAAAUCAGUUGAGAACCUUCAACCUGCCUCUAGAAGCUGCAAAGAGGUUGACAGUUACGUAGCUGCGAAUCCGGAUCCGUUGAUACCAGUUAACCAGAAGACUCGUAGAUCAUGUCGAUUCUGGAGGUGGCUCUGUGGCAAGUCUUGUUUGAAUUUGUCAUGGAUAUGCUGUUGCUCCUGCGGUUGCUCACUGCGUCUUACACCGAAAAAUUGUACAUUAUGUCCACAAAAAGGUAAGAAGAGCUGCUGUUCAGGGUGCUGCAAAUCCUGUAGGGGAUCUUGCUGCUGGCCCAGCUGCUGUUGUGGUGACUGCAGCGGUGGCUGCCUCAGUAAAAGCUCUUGUAGCAAGUGUUGUUGUGCUCUUCCAACAUGCAAAUCAUGCACCAAUUGCUGUUCUUGCUUCAAAUGUACCUCUUGUUGUUCUUGCUUUAAAUGUCCUACUCUGAAGUCUUGUCGUUGUUUCAGCUGUAAAAAGAUAUGUUGUAAUCCAUGUGCAUGCCUCUGUUAUUGAGACAUUUCUAUGUACACAUACAUAUAUGGUUAUUUUAGAUUAAUCCAUAUUGCCUCUGGUUUA